CCCUCCUCGGGGCGGGGCCGCGUCACGUGCUGGGAAGCCGGAGUCUGGGGCUCCGGGCGCGGGGAGGCGCGGCCAUGGCAGCUCCGGAGCCACUGUCCCCGGCGGGCGGCGCGGGCGAGGAGGCGCCGGAGGAGGACGAGGACGAAGCGGAGGCCGAGGACCCCGAGCGGCCGAAUGCGGGAGCCGGCGGCGGACGCAGUGGCGGCGGCGGCAGUAGCGUCAGCGGAGGAGGAGGCGGCGGCGGCGGCGGCGGCGGCGGCGGGAGCGGGGCGGGGGGCUGCGGCGGGCCGGGGGGCGCGCUCACCAGGCGCGCGGUCACGCUGAGGGUGCUCCUCAAAGACGCGCUGCUGGAGCCCGGCGCCGGGGUGCUGUCCAUCUACUACCUGGGGAAGAAGUUCCUGGGCGACCUGCAGCCAGACGGAAGGAUCAUGUGGCAGGAGACCGGGCAGAUCUUCAACUCACCCAGCGCCUGGGCCACCCAUUGCAAGAAGCUGGUGAACCCUGCCAAGAAGUCGGGCUGUGGCUGGGCCUCUGUCAAGUACAAAGGCCAGAAACUGGACAAGUACAAGGCCACCUGGCUCCGGCUGCACCAGCUGCACACGCCUGCCACUGCUGCUGAUGAGAGCCCGGCCAGUGAAGGGGAGGAGGAGGAGUUGCUGAUGGAAGAGGAGGAGGAGGACGUUCUGGCGGGGGUCUCAGCAGAGGACAAGAGUCGGAGACCACUGGGGAAGAGCCCUUCAGAGCCUGCCCACCCGGAGGCCACAACCCCAGGGAAGCGGGUGGACAGCAAGAUCCGGGUCCCGGUCCGCUACUGCUUGCUGGGCAGCCGUGACUUGGCCAGGAACCCCCACACCCUGGUGGAAGUAACAUCCUUUGCAGCCAUCAACAAGUUCCAGCCGUUCAACGUGGCUGUUUCCAGCAACGUGCUGUUCCUGCUGGACUUCCACAGCCACCUGACGCGGAGUGAGGUCGUGGGUUACCUGGGGGGCCGCUGGGACAUCAACAGCCAGAUGCUGACGGUGCUCAGAGCCUUCCCUUGUCGGAGCCGGCUUGGGGAUGCAGAGACUGCAGCUGCCAUCGAAGAGGAGAUCUACCAGAGCCUGUUCCUACGGGGCCUGUCCCUGGUGGGCUGGUACCACAGCCACCCGCACAGCCCAGCGCUGCCAUCUCUGCAGGACAUCGACGCACAGAUGGACUACCAGCUGCGGCUGCAGGGCUCCAGCAAUGGCUUCCAGCCCUGCCUCGCCCUGCUCUGCUCCCCUUACUAUUCUGGCAACCCAGGUCCCGAGUCCAAGAUCUCGCCUUUCUGGGUGAUGCCUCCUCCCGAGCAAAGGCCCAGUGACUAUGGCAUCCCCAUGGAUGUGGAGAUGGCCUACGUCCAGGACAGCUUCCUGACCAAUGACAUCCUUCACGAGAUGAUGCUGCUGGUGGAGUUCUACAAGGGUUCCCCCGACCUCGUGAGGCUCCAGGAACCCUGGAGCCAGGAGCACACCUACCUCGACAAGCUUAAGAUCUCCUUGGCCAGCAGGACGCCCAAGGACCAGAGCCUGUGUCACGUCCUGGAACAGGUGUGCGGCAUCCUCAAGCAGGGGAGCUGAGCCUUCCAGGGCAGGGUGGGCUCCAGUUGUCUUGAGGGUCUGGAUGGGCUCAGGUAAUAAAGAAACGGAAGCAGCA